AUGACCUCACCAACAGCCCGCAGGCGAGCAGUCCGCAUUGCGGGAUGCUCCGGCGGCUUCACAGAUCGCUCCCGCGCGAUCAAGGAUCUGGCCGCCGACCCCGAAGUUGAUGCCGUCAUUGGCGACUGGCUAUCUGAGAUGACCAUGACAGUGCACGGCAGCGGCAAGAUCCGCAACUUGCAAGCAACCGAGGCGGGCUCCAAGGCGCAGCUCAGCCUGGAGGACCGCAUGAAGACGGCCAUGUAUGCCGAGACCUUCCUCCAGUGCUUUGAGCCAGCCAUCACGACCCUGGCCGCCAACGGCACCAAGCUCGCCGUUAAUGCCGGGGCCAGCGACACAGAGCUCUUGGCCGAGGCUGUGCAACACAUGGUCACUGAAGCUGGAUUCGCCCUCAAGGUUGCUUGGGUCGAAGGAGACGACGUGACCGGCCAAGUGAACCGCCUCAUCAAGGAAGGAGAGCAGUUUGAGAGCCUGAUGCACGGCAAGAAGCUCGAAGAAUGGGGCAUGGAGCCAAUCUGCGCGCAGGCGUAUCUCGGUGGCCUCGGUAUCGCCCGCGCGUUGAGCGAGGGCGCCGACAUCGUCAUCUGUGGUAGGGUAGCUGAUGCUGCCCCCGUCGUUGGCGUGUCUGUAUGGUGGCAUGCCUGGAAAGAUGACCAGUUCGACUGCUUGGCGGGAGCUCUGGUGGCUGGCCAUCUCAUCGAGUGCUCGGCAUAUGUCACAGGCGGCUACUACAGCGGCUUCAAGGACCUCAUGAAGGACGGACGACACGUCAACAUGGGGUUUCCCAUUGCCGAAGUCGAGUGGAACGGCGAGUGUGUCAUCGCAAAGGAGAAAAGCACGGGAGGCUGCGUUAGCGUCGGCACAGUCCUGUCGCAGCUCGUGUACGAGAUUCAAGGCCCACUCUACUACAACUGUGACGUCGUUGCAGACGUCUCCAACGUCCAGAUGACCCAACUCGAGGAGGACCGAGUCCGCGUGACCGGCAUCCGUGGGCGCCCACCACCACCGACGACCAAGGUCGGCAUCACGGCACCGGCGGGCUUCCAGGCCGAAUGGCACAUCUACCUCUGCGGCCUGGAUAUGGAGGAGAAGUGCAAGAUCACAGAAGACCAGAUUCGCUACGCAAUCGGCGACAACAUUUCUAAAUUCACCACGCUCAAGUUCCACCAGAACGGCACCUCCCCCCUCGACCCCGCAAGCCUCGACCUCUCCAUCGUCGACUUCCGCAUCUUCGCCCAGUCGCCCGACCCCGAGAUCAUGCGGCCCGACAUACCCAACGGAUUCAACCGCUGGGUCCUCGAGGUCUUCCUCCAGUCCGCCCCCGGCGCCUCCCUCUCCAACGACCUCCGACAGGUCGUCCCCAAACCCUACUACGAGUACUGGGUCGCCCUUCUGCCCCAGCGAGAGCUCAACCACAGAGUCCACUGCCUCUGGCCCGCAGCCGCCGCCCGCACCAUCGCCAUUUCCGCGCCCGAGACGACAGAGACCUACCCUCGGCAGCAGGCCUCGUACGAGACGCCCUCGCCUCUCGACCUCGCCUCCUUCGGGCCCACCGUCCGCGCGCCGCUCGGCAGCAUCGUCCUCGCGCGCUCCGGCGACAAGGCGUCCGACUGCAACGUCGGCUUCUUCGUGCGCCACGCCAACCAGUGGGACUGGCUGCGGUCCUUCCUGACCGUCGACAGGAUCAAGACCCUGCUCGGGCCGAGCGAGUACAAGGGCAAGCCGAUUGAUCGGUUCGAACUGCCCAACGUGUACGCCGUACAUUUCUUGCUGCAUGACCAUCUGGACAGAGGAUACAAUGCGUGCUCCAACUACGACACGCUCGGCAAGCUGACGGGAGAGUACCUGAGGGCCAAGGUUGUUGAUUUGCCGGCAGCCUUUUUGGAGCAGGGCCUUGUGUAA